AUGCGGUUCUUCGGUGGUGCUAUUGCGACCUUCAUUGUCUGCUCGUCCUUGGCCGAGGCCUUGUGCCACAACUCGCUCUCCUGCCUCGCGGGAGGUAACGAUGGUUGCAACAAAGUCUGUGAGCGACAGGGCAACCCUAAGGGUGGUCGCUGUCUCCCCCGCGAUGGCUGCCCUGGCUAUACCAUCUGCGCUUGCUACCCGAAGAGCAAGCGCAGUGACGAGGUGAUCGAUGGCGAUCUCGCCAUCCGCGAAGUCCUGAAGGACUUCGGAAUUGACGACGCGGCUGAGACGGAGACUACGGGAGAACUCGAUGCAAGGGGUACCCUCGAGCAGCGCAGCGUCUGCUGUAGCCUCGUCCCUCCCGCUCAGGGACUCUGCUGCGAAGCCCACUGUGACUAUAUCGGAAAGAACGGUGGCCAGUGCUCUGACAAGGGAGUUUGCACCUGCAACUGA